UUGUCAUCCUCCCCCACAUAGCUCUCUUUAAGGAUCUGUGAUAUUCAUCAUCUCUCUAGACAUACUUGCUAAUGGAUUCUUCUUCUUUUUUCCUUACCACUGUUGUUGCUGCAACAAUAGGCUUGUUCACGCUUUUUAAAAAACUCAGACUCCAUCAAGAAGAUGACAAAGAAACGUCAUCACCACCUCCAUCUCCUACAUCUCUUUCAUCUCCUCCAUCUCCUUUGAAUCGCAUCUGGACACACCAUGUCUUUCCAAGCUUCCGAGGGGAAGAUGUCCGUAGAGACUUUCUUAGUCACAUUCAAAUGGAGUUUCAAAGAAUGGGAAUCACACCGUUUAUUGAUAAUGAGAUCAAGAGAGGAGAGUCCAUCGGUCCUGAACUUAUUCGGGCGAUACAAGGAUCCAAGAUCGCAAUUAUCUUACUCUCGAGAAACUACGCUUCUUCGAGUUGGUGUCUUGACGAAUUGGCAGAGAUUAUGAAGUGCAGGGAAGAACUGGGUCAAAUGGUGAUGGUUGUUUUCUAUAAAGUGGAUCCGUCUGAUGUUAAAAAACUAACCGGAGAGUUUGGGAAAAUAUUCAAAAAAACUUGUGCCGGUAAAACAAAGCAGGACAUUGGGAGAUGGAGACAAGCUUUGGCAAAAGUAGCCACAAUCGCCGGUUACCAUUCAAACAACUGGGAUAAUGAAGCGGCUAUGAUAAAACAAAUCUCUACUGAUAUUUCCAACAAGUUGAAUAAUUCAGUAUCAUCAAGUGAUUUGGACGAGUUGGUUGGUAUGAAAGCUCAUUUGGAGGAGAUGGAACCAUUGUUAUGCCUAGAAUCAGAUGAAGUGAGGAUGAUUGGGCUUUGGGGUCCUUCUGGGAUUGGGAAGACCACCAUUGCUAGAGUUGUGUACAACAAUCUCUCCAACAGUUUUCAACUGAGUGUCUUUAUGGAAUCUAUCGAAGCAAAAUAUACAAGACCUUGUUCCGAUGACUACAGUGCAAAGUUGCACUUACAACAGCAGUUUAUGUCUCAAAUAACCAACCAGGAUGAUAUGAAGAUUUCUCAUUUGGGAGUUGUUCAAGACAGGCUAAAAGACAAGAAAGUUCUUGUUGUUCUUGAUGGUGUGGACCAGUCGAUGCAACUAGAUGCCAUGGCGAAAGAAACUUGGUGGUUUGGUCCUGGGAGUCGGAUUAUCAUCACAAGUCAAGAUCGAAAGCUUUUUAGGAGACAUGGGAUUAACCAUAUUUACCAAGUGGAUUUUCCACCACCUAAGGAGGCUCUACAAAUCUUGUGCACGUCUGCUUUUGGUCAAAAGUUCCCUAAAGAUGGUUUUGAAAAACUUGCUUGGGAAGUUACAGAACUUGCUGGUAAACUCCCUUUGGGUUUAAGGGUUAUGGGCUCUUAUUUUCGAGGAAUGUCUAAGCGGGAGUGGGCAAAGGAACUACCAAGGUUAAGGACUAGCCUUGACGCCGAUAUUCAAAGCAUUUUGAAGUUCAGUUAUGAUGCCUUAGAUGACGAAAACAAAUAUAUAUUUCUUCAUAUAGCCUGCUUUUUUAAUUAUCAAGUGAUUGAGAAAGUGGAAGAGCAUCUUGCAGAGAUGUUCUUGGAUGUGAGGCACGGGCUUAACGUAUUAGCAGAGAAAUCUCUCAUCUCUAUAGAUGAUGGAAGUAGAAUAACCAUGCAUAAUCUGUUAGUCCAACUAGGUAGAGAUAUAGUUCGUAAACAGUCUGUUCGUGAGCCUGGACAACGCCUAUAUUUGGUUGAUGCAAAAGAAAUUUGUGAAAUACUCACUGAUGAUGUACAAGCUAGUAGAAGUGUCAUAGGCAUAGAUUUCAACUUUAGCACAAUUAGGGUCAAGGAAAAUUUCCAUAUAAGUGAGAGAGCCUUUCAAGGAAUGACUAAUCUCCAAUUCUUAAGAUUAUGGGGGGAUCAGAAGGAUACAUUACAUCUACCAUGUGGUUUAGAGUAUAUGCCUCGAAAACUUCGAUUACUAAAGUGGAAGUAUUUUCCGAUGACAUGUUUGCCUCCUGUUUUCAACUCCGAGUUCCUGGUUGAAGUAGACUUGUGUUUCAGCAAACUUGAGAAGUUGUGGGAAGGAAUUAAACCGCUUCCAAAUCUCAAGUGGAUGGAUUUGACUUUUUCUAAAAACUUGGAGGAGCUUCCUGAUCUCUCAACUGCCACCAAUCUUAAGGAAUUGAAUCUCCAAUGUUGCUCCAGCCUGGUGAAGCUCCCCUCUACUAUUGGGUAUACCAAAAAUCUUCAGAAAUUGGAUCUUAGCCAUUGCUCAAGUCUGAUCAGUCUUCCCUCUACUAUUGGGUAUACCAAAAAUCUUCAGGAAUUGAAUCUUAGCCAUUGCUCAAGUCUGAUCAGUCUUCCCUCUACUAUUGGGUAUACCAAAAAUCUUCAGAAACUGGAUCUUAGCCAUUGCUCAAGUCUGGUGGAGCUUACUUCCUUUGUUGGUAGUCUCAGCAAUCUAAAAGAAUUGGAUCUUAGCGAUUGCUCAAGUCUGGUGGAGUUCUCUUCCUUGAUUGGAAAUGCCACUAAUCUAGAGAGUUUGGACCUUAGGCAUUGCUCAAGUCUGGUAAAGCUUCCCUUUUCUAUUGGAAACCUUCAGAAGUUGCAGACUUUGAGUUUAGAAGGAUGCUCUAAGCUAGAGUUUCUUCCGAACAACAUCAAUUUGGAAUCUCUCUACGCACUUAAUCUCAAAGAUUGCUUGCUGUUGAAAACUUUUCCUGAGAUCUCCACAAACCUUAGGAUUCUCGAUCUCACAGGAACUGCAAUAGAAGAAGUCCCUUCAUCAAUAGAAUCCUGGUCGUCUUGUCUCACUAAGCUGUGGAUGUCGUACAGUGAAAGACUCAAGGAAUAUCCUCAUGCUUUUGACAUCAUCACACACCUACACGUGAGUGACAAAGAAAUACAAGAGCUUCCUCCAUGGAUCCAGAAAUUCUCUCGUCUGUAUACACUUGUGCUCUAUCGUUGCAAAAAGCUGGUGUCAUUCCCACAAAUUUCCGAUUCCAUUGUACUCAUAAUUGCAGACGAUUGUGAGUCCUUGGAAGAGCUUCCCUCAUGGAUCAACUCUCGUCUUAGCAGACUCUUUCUCAAGAGAUGCAGAAAGCUGGUAUCACUCCCACAGAUUCCACAUUCCCUCACUUCCAUAAAUGCGGAAGAUUGUGAGUCCCUGGAGAGACUAGAUUGGUCAUUUCAAAAUCUGGAUAUUGAUCGUCUCAGGUUUGCUAAGUGCUUCAAAUUGAAUCAAGAAUCCCGAGACCUCAUCAUCCAGACACCGACUAGUGAAUAUGCGGUCUUACCCGGCAGAGAAGUGCCUGCAUACUUCACUCACCGAUCUGUUACUGGAGGUUCUUUGAUAAUCGAGUUAAAUGAGAAGCCUCUUCCUACAUCCAUGAGAUUUAAAGCUUGCGUUUUGCUGGUCAAUGAAGGUGUCCAUGAAACUUGGUCUUGCGUUUUUGUUACGUGUAAUAAGAGCAACACGUCACUAUCUCUCAUUUUAACAGAGCAUCUGUACAUAUUUGAAGUCGAAAUGGAUGUGACUUCCAGCGAGCUUGUCUUUGAGUUCAAGGUCCACCGUCACGAUUGGAAGAUAAGACAAUGCGGGGUACUCCAGCUCUCGGAGGUCCCUUUGAUGAAUCAUAAAAGUGACACACCCAGGCCCCGCCCAACCCUAAAGCAGCUGCUUUACCCUGCAUAAUAUAUACAAAAAAUUUGGGCUAGAUAAUGAAGCAAAUUCUUAGCUAAGUUGGUUAUGUUGUACAAGAGAACAUAUACAUUGUCGCAGGUUUGAUUCUCCAAAUUGGCAGUUUUUGUAUUUUUUUUAAUUGUUUGUAUCAUAUGUAUAAAAAAUGCUUUAGGCCUCGGUAAUCCUACGACCGGCCCUGGACACACCCUUAAUGAAACUGCAGUCUAUGCCAAAGUAUUGGAGACGGUCACUACAUUCAAGAGCCCAAUGAGAGAAGCAAGAAGGUAAUAUAUUUCACAUUAGGAAUUCUUCUUUAACUUUUUAAUCUUGAACAACUAUUAUUGCUCCUUUAAACAAAAUGAUUUUAACUCAUCAUCUUGAGAAAGCAUUU